CAUUGACAUCCAAAAAUAGCUCCUUAGUUAUGUCGAAGAAUUACAUAAAUGCGCUUUUGAAGCCUUUUCGUGAGAGUAAUGUUAUUAAAAGCUUGGUAAAUUUGUUCGAGUUUAAAGCAGUAGCGCCUGUCACUGGGGUUUGGUGUGUUGAUAAUAAGGUUCCGGCGAGUAGAACUGGUGUUGCGCAGUAUAGCACUGGAGUGAGGAAAGUUACCCUUAUUCCUGGACAUGGAAUCGGUCCAGAGAUUACGGUGGCCGUCCAGAAAAUAUUUGAAGCUGCUAAAGUUCCCAUUGAAUGGGAUGAAGUGGAUGUAACAGCUGUGAGGGGUCCAGAUGGCAAGUUUGGUAUUCCUCAAAGGGCGAUUGAUUCUGUUAAUGAAAAUAAAAUAGGCCUGAAGGGCCCACUGAUGACACCGGUUGGAAAAGGUUAUAGAUCCCUAAAUUUGGCCUUAAGAAAAGAGUUUGACUUAUAUGCUAAUGUAAGGCCUUGCAAAAGUUUAGACGGAAUCAAGACGCUGUACGACAACGUGGAUGUGGUGACGAUCCGGGAGAACACGGAGGGCGAGUACUCGGGCAUCGAGCACGAGAUCGUGGACGGAGUGGUUCAGUCCAUCAAGCUGAUCACGGAGGAGGCCAGCAAGCGUGUGGCCGAGUUCGCCUUCCAGUUCGCGAGGGAAAACAGGAGGAAGAAGGUCACCGCCGUGCAUAAAGCCAACAUUAUGCGAAUGUCGGACGGUUUGUUCCUGCGGUGCUGCCGCGACCUGGCCACCAAGUACCCCGACAUCAAGUUCGAAGAGCGGUACCUGGAUACCGUGUGUCUGAACAUGGUGCAGGACCCUUCCAAGUUUGACGUGUUGGUGAUGCCCAACCUGUACGGAGACAUAAUGUCGGACAUGUGCUCAGGGUUGGUAGGCGGCCUGGGACUCACGCCCUCGGGCAACAUCGGCAAGAACGGGGCGCUGUUCGAGUCUGUACACGGUACAGCUCCCGACAUCGCAGGCAAGGAUAUGGCGAACCCAACAGCAUUGCUUCUCUCAGCCAUCAUGAUGUUAAGACAUUUGCAACUCAAUGAGCACGCAGACAGAGUCCAAAACGCUUGCUACGAGGUUCUGCGCGAAGGAAAAUCUCUAACUGGUGACCUUGGUGGCACCGGAAAGUGUAGCGAGUACACGAAUGCGAUUAUUUCUAAAUUGUAAACUAUAUUAUUACCUACGCAGUAUUAAAUCCCUAUCAAUGUACCUAGCUACUAGACUUUAUCUACCUAUGUAAAGGUAUCUACGCAAUAUGCAUGUGUCCUUUUAAAAACAUGGAUUUGUAAAUAAAAAUAAUGCUAGUUCAUAGAAUAUAUUAUUAUAUAAUAUUUGUUUAUCCAAAAACUAUUAGAUUAAACUAAUAUUUAAUUAAAUCCUGCAGAUAAUUUAUUCGAAUUGUUCCUUAAGAUCAAUAAGCUUGUCUAUUUUAUUGUAUAUUUAAUUUUAAAAUAAAGUUUACAACAGUUUAA